GUUGCAGACGAUUCCAUCCGAUGAUCACAUUUUAAAGGGCGGCUAAAUUAUUGCAGUUGCAGUAUUUUGAUCUAAAUGGAAUCAGAUGAAGAUGAAGACGUGAUAUUUGAGGGAAGUCAACUGUAUGCACAUCUUACUACAUCUGAAUAUUCAGGUCCAGAAAUAAACUUCUAUAAUUCUGGAAAAAUCAACCUAGCCCCUGAAAAUGUGGUUUCGGGUGACAUUGCAACAGGCAAAUCUUGGAAAGAUCUUUUCCUGUCAUUAUGCUCGAAAGUUGGAUUUAAUAAUGAGAACUAUGAAAAAGAAUUUGCCCAAAAGAUAGUGCAUACUAUAAUGAACACAUCUCUCAUCUCGUUGGAAGAUGUUGAUUUUUUAUCCAACAUGUUUGAUGACAUGUUGCCAGAAGUUACUCGAACAUAUAGUCAAGAUGGUUGCUUUGAAAUCUUCGCUAUAGGUGGCGUUGCGCUGUCCGCUACUCUUUUAUCCACAAGAAGGAUUCCGUGGGCACUUCGCGCUCCGAGCCUUCUCUUCAUUGGAGGAAAUAUGCUACGAAUCUUCAGUAAAAAGAUCAAUGACUUGAAACGAAAAAGAAUCAAUCAAGUUGUUGACAAAUUUCAAAUCGUCUUAUCUCAGCUGCACGACCUAUGUUUAAACAUGACAAAAUCCGUACAAUUCGUUCAAGAGAUGGAACUCAUCGAUCGCGGUUUUACUUUACCAAAUUUGAUUACUCAUUUGAGCAUGAAAACUUUGCCGAAUCAACCCAGUGCUCUUCUGUGUUUACCUUUGCGGCAAGAACUACUGCAGACGGUCCAAGAACUUCAUGAAAUCAUGCGAGCGUUAACGCUUCGUAUCAGAGAAAUGUUGCCUCUCAAUAGCGCAGUCGAUAACGCGUCUCACUAUCUCGCGUGCUGCGAACCGAUUCCGGAAGAAAUCCAUGAACAACACGUGACGUUGCAAAAGAUUCGGGCUGCCAUGAGGCAGUGUCACGUGCAGCUCUCAGAAAUGUUGAGACGUCUAGCCCUCAGCUUCUUGGUAUCUACUGACCAGCGGCAUUUCCAGCUAAUAGACGAGCUGAGUCGAGCCUUGCCCUGCAGGAUUGCACCUCUCACCCAUCGACUGCGAAUGGCAUACGACUACUACACGGCAUGGAAGGUCAGUGAUACUUCAGACAUUCUUUGCACGCCGGACAUAGUUAGCAGCGAAACCAACGAUGAGCGGCCCAAGGGUCUCGACUUGGCGCUUCAUAGUCUCGAGCGCCAUUUGCGGGCGACUGCACUGAUUAUCGACUCGUUGCGAGGGUCGGAUCUGCUUCCGGGGAUGCGAAUUCAGCUCAGCCACGAAUGUAAGGCCGUUGCCACGUGCUGGGAAUUGGUCGAGAUGGAACUGCAAAAGUUAUCGAAUCCGUCUUUAAUGGCACCGCCGCCGACACGUGCGGUCCAAGUGCAACCGAAUCGGCCAGUUGAAACUGGUGAAGUAUUGCCGCUGUACGGUGCCUGGGAACCCGACGUCCAGGAUCUGGAGAUCCUUGAAGCAGACCUCCGAUUUUCCGAUGUGAAUCGCCAAGACGCAGCCGACGAUGACGAUGAUCUGCUCUUGUUGAAGAGAGAAACUCGUGAAGAGCGUCUUGCCCGCAAACGAGAACUGGCUGCCCAAUCGAAGCGGAUGUAUUCCGAAUUGCAAGUUGUUUUGAAAUCGAAAGCCGCCGAGUGGAAAGAGCGCGAAGCCAGGGUCAUGGAGCGUCUCGGCAAGACGGCAGAGGUGGAAGAAGACUCGCCGGACGUGCCGGAACAACAAGAGGAGGAGAUGAUUCCUCCGUCCCAGCAAGAAGAUAACGAUCGACUUCAGGGGCCGGACGAAGCGAAUCAGCCGGCCGGAUUGGCGAUUGGAUGUCCCGCUAGCGAUGCGUCUACUCGAUUCGACACGAGUAGGAUCGUGCCUUGCUCCACGUUUGGUGUCCAGGCCUCACUGGCCGCUCAAGUGCGCGCUCUUGCAUCUCAGAGGGGAGCCUUGCAGAACGAGGAUAUGAUCGGCGACUCUGAUUCUUCUUCCGAAGAAGACGAAGAGGAUUCGGCAACCACUUUGCCACUUGGAGACCCUUGAAGAUAUUUCGAUCCUUUCCGAUGUAGACGAUCCGCUUUUUUUUUCGCUUCUGUUUAAAAUGCAGACAACAAGGAAAUAAAGAUUUUUUCCCGGGAA